AUGGGCAGACGCGGAGGCAGAGGCGGCGGACGCGGUCGCGGCCGUGGCGGAAACCGCGGCGGAUGGGCUGCUGGCGGAGGAUCUCGUGGCGAUUGGAAGGAAGUCGAGAAGCACAACGUCAGCUUCGAAAAGUACUACAACGAGCUCGGCCUCGUGCCCGAGGAGGAGCGCGAGCAGUUCUGGACUGCCUUGAAAAAGGAAUUGCCCAACAGCUUCCGCUUCACUGGCUCCAAAGGCCAUGCUCUCGCCGUUCAGCAGCGCCUGAUCGACCAGUACAUCCCCGAAAUUACCAAGGUCACCUUCGACGGCCAGAAGGUCGAGCCCCCGACCCAGCUCGAGUGGUUCCCCGAGAAGCUCGCCUGGCAGAUGACGACCCCGAAGAACGUCAUCCGCAAGUUCCCUCCCUUCGCCUCCUUCCAGAAGUUCCUAGUUUCCGAGACCACCGUCGGCAACAUUAGCAGGCAGGAGGUUGUCAGCAUGAUUCCCCCGCUGCUCAUCGACAUCAAGCCUUGGCAUACUGUAUUGGACCUGUGCGCUGCUCCGGGUAGCAAGUCGGCGCAGCUGUGCGAGGCUGUUCACGCCGGCGAGGAGGCUCGCAUCCGCAACGUGCUGCGCAAGCUGGCGCCGGAGUUGGGCCGUGAAAUCAGCCCUGACGGCGCUGAGGUCGAGGCGGAGAAGGACCAGGCUGGAGAGGACGAUCUCGACCUCGGCAGGGCGACCGGUCUCCUGGUCUGCAACGAUGUCGACAACAGGCGUGCCCACAUGUUGGUCCACCAGGUCAAGCGCCUGAACUCGCCGAACUUGGUCGUCACCAACCACGAUGCCACUCUUUUCCCGUCCAUCAGAAUCCCUUCGGAGAAGGGCCAACCCAACAAGUACCUGAAGUUCGACCGUAUUCUGGCUGACGUUCCAUGCUCUGGAGAUGGCACGGCUCGCAAAAACCCGAGCGUGUGGAAGGACUGGACCGCGGGCAACGGCCUUGGACUCUACAUCACUCAGCAGCGCAUUCUUGUUCGGGCCCUGCAGAUGCUGAAGGUCGGCGGCCGCGUUGUUUACUCGACUUGCAGCUUGAACCCCAUCGAAAACGAAGCUGUGGUUGCAAGCGCCAUCGACCGCUGUGGUGGCAUGUCCAAGGUCCGCAUCCUCGAUUGCAGCCAGGAGCUCCCCGGUCUGAAGAGGGUUCCUGGCCUGAAGACUUGGAAGGUUAUGGACAAGCAGGCUCGGAUGUACAGCUCCUUCGAGGAGGUUGCUGCCAAGCAGUCGGAACCGGGCGAAGAAGCUCUGAAGAAGAUUGUCGAGGGCAUGUUCCCGCCCAAGUCGGCAACGAACGAAGAGGAAAGAAUACCGCUCGAGCGUUGCAUUCGCGUCUACCCUCACCUCCAGGACACGGGCGGUUUCUUCAUCACGGUGAUUGAGAAGAAGGAGGAGAUCAGGGCCCGCCCUGAGUACCAGGCAAGCGCUUCUGGCGCGAGGACCGUUCCUCCAGCGCCGAUCACGACUCUCGUAAACGAGAUUGAGCAGAAGACGGAGAAUGGAGAGAAACUGGAGGGCCUCAAGUCUUUGGAGGAGGUGGCGAACACUGACGGUAAGGUCGAGAGUGCUCCGAUUCAAGGAAACGACUCUGCCGCAGCGCGAAGCAACAUGCCCCCAGCAUCGCCUACUAAGAGGAGCUUGGAUGAUGCUGAGACCGAGGACCCUGCUGCGAAGCGGACCAAGGUUGAAGUUCCGCCCGAGCACGACGAGGUCCCACCGGCCGUCUCGGAGCGCGAACACAAGGCUGAAGGUUCGACGACUGACCUUUCGAAGCCCGAGAGGAAGAGGCGGGAUCAGCCGCAUGAGGAGCCUUUCAAGUAUCUCGACCCCGAGCACGAGGUUCUGGGGGACAUCUUCAGCUUCUACAAGAUCUCGUCCAAAUUCCCCCGCGAUCGCUUCAUGGUUAGAAACGCGUCUGGCGAGCCUGCCAAGGCAGUCUACUACACGUCGACACUUGCGCGGGAUAUCCUUCAGCUCAACGAGGGCAAGGGCAUGAAGUUUGUCCACUGCGGUGUGAAGAUGUUCAUGAAGCAGGACGCGCAGGGUCAGGAUAUCUGCAGGUGGCGUAUCCAAUCCGAGGGUCUUCCGAUCGUUGAGCCCUGGGUUGGCGAGGAGAGAAUCGUCCGUCUGUACAAGCGCGACACUCUUCACAAGCUCCUCAUCGAGAUGUUCCCCAAGGUUGCGGGUGACGGAUGGAAGGAGCUUGGUGAGAUUGGUGAGAGGGUGAGAGACAUUGGUAUGGGCUGCUGCGUCCUCAGAGUGGAGAGCAGCGAUGCCGAGGACGGAUUCAAGGACCGCCUGGUUCUACCGCUCUGGAGGAGCCUGGCUUCGUUGAAUCUGAUGUUGCCGAAGGAGGAGCGCAGGGCAAUGCUUCUUCGUCUUUACAACGACAACUCCGAGCUCAUUGACCACUCCAAGACGUACAACAAAGCCAAGAUUGAGGCCGAGGCGAACGGGGAAGAUGGCGGAGCAAUGGAGGUUGAGGUCAAGGACGUUCCGAGUGUAGCCCCCGAUGAAGACGCCAUCAUGGCCGAGGAUAGGGCGGAUGCGACCAAGCAAGCGGAGAAAGAUGAUACCCGGGAGACUGCCGAGGGUGACGUUGUUGCGCGCGAGGACGACGUCGUCAACACCACGGUCUAA